UAUAGCAAGCCAAGACUUGUGUAUGAGGUAGACAAAUGACUGGAUUACAGUUUGAUGAAUCAUAAAGUAAGUUAUUUUUUUGUUUUAAAAAUAGUUGCUUGUGUGCGUUUGUGGACUGGUGGAUGAAUCUUGAAAAUGCAUGUAUGUACAUGGAACCGUGUUUGCAUCUGUGUGUACAUGUGUUCAUGUUCAAGCAGGAUUCUGUCUGUCAGUUAACUUUAUCUGAAACAUUGGUUUGUGGGCUGAUAGCUGGCGAGCGGGUAGAGACACAGCUAGGAAGGAACUUUGAUAAAUAACCAUUCCAGUUUUCCGACCCUAAGCUUUCUCGGAAGAUUACCGUCGACUGAGAACUGCUCAGCUGUUGGCAAGGCAGUCACUCUGCGACCUCGACAGGAAUUUAGACCAACUCAACAUGGAGACCCCAUCGGAAGCCAGAGGGAAAUUGCAAGAUACAGAACUAAAGAAACCCGCUCAAGGGACAUCUACAAUUGAGGACAAUACAGCAUGUCUUGACUGUCUGAAGGAUGAGAGAGAGUCUGACUCCAGCUCACAGAAAGAAUUAGACAAAAGCAAUACAGAAGACCAACAGCCUGACUCUAUCUCACCGAAAGACUUAAACGAGGAGACUUCACAAGACCGACAACCCGAUAUCAGUCAGAGGCUGCUAGACGAGCACAAGACACAAAGCCAACAGCAAGACAUCAGCAGCCAAGAGAAGUUAGACGAGGAAAGUAUACAGGAUCCACAAUCUGAGCCAUGCAGUCACAAACAGGAAGACAGUCGUCAAGACGAAAACGAUCCACGAGACCCACAGCAAGAUAUCAGCGACCAGAAUAGGUCAGAAAACAAAAGUAUACAGGAUCCACAAUCUGAGCCCUGCAGUCACAAACAGGAAGACAGUCCUGAAGACAAAAACGAUCCACGAGAUCCACAGCAAGAUAGCGACCAGAAUAGGUCAGACAACAAAAGUAUACAGGAUCCACAAUCUGAGCCCUGCAGUCACAAACAGGAAGACAGUCCUGAAGACAAAAACGAUCCUCGAGACCCACAGCAAAAUAUCAGUGACCAGAAUAGGUCAGACAACAAAAGUAUACAGGAUCCACAAUCUGAGCCCUGCAGUCACAAACAGGAAGACAGUCCUGAAGACAAAAACGAUCCUCGAGAUCCACAGCAAGAUAGCGACCAGAAUAGGCCAGACAACAAAAGUAUACAGGAUCCACAAUCUGAGCCCUGCAGUCACAAACAGGAAGACAGUCCUGAAGACAAAAACGAUCCUCGAGAUCCACAGCAAGAUAUCAGUGACCAGAAUAGGUCAGACAACAAAAGUAUACAGGAUCCACAAUCUGAGCCCUGCAGUCACAAACAGGAAGACAGUCCUGAAGACAAAAACGAUCCUCGAGACCCACAGCAAGAUAUCAGUGACCAGAAUAGGUCAGACAACAAAAGUAUACAGGAUCCACAAUCUGAGCCCUGCAGUCACAAACAGGAAGACAGUCCUGAAGACAAAAACGAUCCACGAGACCCACAGCAAGAUAGCGACCAGAAUAGGUCAGACAACAAAAGUAUACAGGAUCCACAAUCUGAGCCCUGCAGUCACAAACAGGAAGACAGUCCUCAAGACGAAAACGAUCCUCGAGAUCCACAGCAAGAUAGCGACCAGAAUAGGUCAGACAACAAAAGUAUACAGGAUCCACAAUCUGAGCCCUGCAGUCACAAACAGGAAGACAGUCCUGAAGACAAAAACGAUCCACGAGAUCCACAGCAAGAUAGCGACCAGAAUAGGUCAGACAACAAAAGUAUACAGGAUCCACAAUCUGAGCCCUGCAGUCACAAAGACUUUGACCAGAGCACCUUAGUGGACAGUCAGUCCAAGUGCUUGAGUUUGUCACAGCGAGAUACACGGGGUGGUCAGGCGAGCUCCAGAAGUGAACCUUCCGGCACAUAUCGCAGACGAGACACUCGUUGGUUUCAAGAGAGAGGUGGAAGGACCUCAUUUGGAUCCUCAUGUCUACAUUUUUUGGCGGCAUUGUCUUCGGAGGACUGGCGACGAUCAGCUAUAGUUUCACUAUCCGUUAUUUCACACCUCCAGUCCCUGUCUACAACAUUGCUCCAUCCUGGAACACGUGUCCUUCCAACCCUCAGCCUGUUCCGCCUUUGCAACUCGUCCACUGAGACCCGAAUUCAGGAAAAGAUGGACAAAAGAGAGUCAAUCCUAAAAGCCUAUCUGGAAGAAAAAGUUCAGAGACUAAUGGUAAAUGUGAAAAACGAUGUAAGCAUGUCUGUACAAGAUAAAAUGAAGGUGCUGAAGGAGGAUUUAAAUACAUCCACACAGAACUACAUCAAGGAGUUUGUAGGGAAUCUUGAAGUCAGGCUAAACAAGUCAAUAGAGAAUCGACUACAAGAAAUUAUUUUGGAACAGAAUAAAAUGUUUAACAAAACAAUGGAGAAGAUUGAAGAUGAUUUUCAUCAGCACAAGCAGGUCACCGACGCCGCCAUAGCCAGAACAGAGAGACGCUUCCAGUCGAGGUCCAGAAGCAUUCUGAUGGGUGUCCUGAGUACUGUGGACCACUUGCGCACUGACCUUCUGGGAAAAUUCAUGGCCGUUGAUGUAAAACAAGAACUGGUAUACCGAGUCAUAGAAGGAAUGAACUUCAUGAGAGCUAAUAGCUGGGGCAUGCUUUUUUCUUCAUGGGACUAAUGGAAGCUGCGCUGUACAUUUAUGUAUGCGUUCUUCUAAAGAGUCCAAGACAAACAAACCAAACGGCACCUUUCUGCUCAGCGGAGGUGAUUCUGGUCGCUUACGGUGACCCAACGUCCAGGAUACGUGUCCUCGAUGACGGACUCCUCCCGACCCGUCUUUGACCCAGGUGACGUCACAUCCUGCUUUUGCGGAAUUGAACUCCAGGAGGAGGAUACUAAGUGUGAAGGAGUCAU